AUGAUGAAUGGUUGGGGGAAAGGGCUGGUAUCCAGGCUUUUUGAUGUGGGCCCUCAGUCUUCCCCCAAUAUUUGUCACCCACAGACCUGGCAUAUUCUCCUGCUCAUAAUGAGAAUAGUUCUGCUCCAAUCAAUCAGGAUGAACCUCAUGGACAUCGCCAAGAUUUUCUCCCUCCUGCAGCCCGACAAGGAGGAGGAGGACACCGACAUGGGGGAGAAGCAGGCUCUCAGUCAAGCAGUGUAUGACAAUGACUCCUAUACCUUGGACCAGCUUUUGUGCCAGGAGCGUUACAAACGUUUCAUCAACAGUAGAAGUGGUUGGGGUGUUCCUGGAACACCCUUGCGCUUGGCUGCUUCUUAUGGCCACCUCAGGUGUUUGCAGGUCCUUUUGGCACAUGGUGCUGAUGUUGACAGUUUGGAUGUCAAGGCACAGACACCACUUUUCACUGCUGUGAGUCACGGCCACCUGGACUGUGUACGUGUGCUUUUGGAAGCUGGUGCCUGUCCUGGUGGUAGCAUCUACAACAACUGUUCUCCUGUACUCACAGCUGCCCGUGAUGGUGCUGCUGCCAUCCUUCAGGAACUCCUGGGCCAUGGUGCAGAGGUCAAUGUCAAGGCUAAACUACCAGUCUGGGCAUCAAACAUAGCUUCAUGUUCUGGUCCCCUCUAUUUGGCUGCAGUCUAUGGGCAUCUUGACUGUUUUCGCCUGCUUUUGCUUCAUGGGGCAGACCCCAACUACAACUGUACUGACCAGAGCCUAUUGGCUCGUGUCCCACGGCCCCGCACCCUCCUGGAAAUCUGUCUCCACCAUAACUGUGAACCAGAAUACAUCCAGCUGUUAAUUGAUUUUGGCGCUAAUAUCUACCUUCCAUCUCUCUCGCUGGACCUGAACUUUCAAGAUUAUAAAGGCAGUGCAUUGCUGUUGCAGGCCCGAGCCACUCCUCGGUCACUACUAUCACAAGCCCGUUUAGUUAUCCGCAGAGCUCUGUUCCAGGCCAGACAACCACAAGCCCUUGACCAGUUGGAUAUUCCCCCUGUGUUGAUUAGUUACCUCAAACACCAACUGUAA